AUGGUUGGAACUUGGAAUUUGGUUGUCUCACAUGACUUUUUGGCCAUGAAGGGUUGUAAACUUCCCCAAAGACCUAAGAAAAGGGCCAAACUCAUCCAAAGAAGCCUACUUCUGGUGAGUCCCGGUGCAUGGCUCACAGAUAUGUGCCAAGAGAGACGGGAAGUUAGGGAGAAGAAAAGUAGCAAGAAGGCACUUGAACUGGAAUUAUUGUAUCAUUUGCUGCAUCAUUUUUCUUUAUUUUCGAGGGGUAUGAGUAUUCGUAUUUUGAUAUUUGGUUGAUGUUUGAAUGAUGCAGAGACCAAGAGGAUUGAAGGGUAUGGGGAGCCUGGAAAGCGUGUCCGAGUGAUAGGUGUAAUUUAUACUGAAUUUUGUUGACGCAGAAGGGAAGACAGUUUUCUUUCUUCUGUUUAGAAGAUGAAUGCGGUGUGCAAUGUGGAGUGGUUAGGCUUUUGUUCGAGUAAAAGGGGGUUAUCGUAAGUUACGAAAUUAUGUUUUGCAUACAAGUGUGAGCAAUGAAAAAUUAUGUUUUGUAGUGUGCAAAUAUGGAGAGAUUUUUGGGGGAAGAGGCUUCUGUGUCAUGACACGAAUACAGGGUUCCUUCUUGUGCGUACUUCCAUGUCUUGGGAGGACGGAUGACGUGAGACAGGAAUCCUUACCCUGGAAUAUUUAUCCCAAGUAUGUUGGAUUACGUCUACCGCUGCCAUAUGCCAAAACACGAGGCA